CCGUGAAGUCGUCAACAAAUACUUCAAAAUGAAGAGACAUGCUGCUACACCUAUCACUUCAUUCUUCUCCAAAAGAAGCAGAGAAGAGUCUAAGGGAGAGUCACACUCAAGUGCAGAUAUAGGUUCGCCAUCACAAAACUGUGUAACAGAAGACCCUUGUGGGGCCCCAGAUGCUUCUGGUCCAAGUCGAAUGUCACCCAGUGCCACCACUCUGUCCCAAGUUGAGUCGAGCACUGCUUUCCCUCCUGACGAUAUUGGAGCACUGUUGAAAGCAAACCAGAAGUUCAAUGACUUGGAUCCGACACGUAAAUACCAAUUGCUUACAUCUGAGCCAAAUCUUGAUCCUUCCUAUUACCCAAAGACGUACUGUGCUGUUUCUAAACAAUAUCGCCACUUUACACCAAGCUUGUUUAAGAAAUAUCCUUGGCUCUAUUACAGUCAUGCAGAGGAUGGGGCAUUCUGCUGA